AAUAAUUAUUAUUUCGACGGUUAGUAUCGUUUAGUAGUUGUCUUCGCUCAAGAAGUAGUUGAUCCGUGACUAAGUAUUUUGGAUCCAAUCAAUCACUAUAAACAACAACAACAACAAUGAAUCCAUCGUACGAUCCGAUGAUGCAAUCGCUGAACGAAAGGAAACGUCUGGAAAUGGAGGCCGAAAUGAACAGAUUUGAAUUGGAGAUCAGUGCCCGACAACAGGUCUACGAUGGUGGCCAUCAUCAUCAUCAACAACAACAACAACAUCCACACCAUCAUCACCACCAACAACACCCCCAUCCCCACCACCAUCAACAACAACAACAUCAUCAUCAACAGCAGCAGCAACAACAGCAUCAUCCACACCAUCAGCCGAUGCCAUCAGCGGCUGGUGGCGGCGGUCCCGCAAACUUUCAGUUUAUACCGCACUCAAUUCAAAGACAAUUGCCGAGGUCGGGAACACUACCGCCGCUACCUCACCAUCAGAUAAAUCCGAUGCACAUGUCCUACGAAUCGCAGACCAAUUCUAUGAAUCAAAUGAAGAAUGACUAUCAUCAUCAGCAGCAACAGCUAAAUAGUGGUAUGUCUACACCGAACACUGGUGGCGGUGGUGGUCCCAGUAGUGGCCAAACGGGUAACAGUGGAGCCGCCUCCUCCUCCUCGGCUGCCGGUACUUCAAAAAAGUCAAAGACAUCGUCGACAGCUGAGGGCGGUAAGGGAGGUAAGAAACAAAAGAAACUGUUGCGUAUGGCCGGCGGAACCGUCUGGGAAGAUAACUCGCUGGCCGAAUGGGAUACCGAAGAUUUUCGACUGUUUUGCGGCGAUCUCGGCAACGAUGUUACCGACGAUGUCCUGACCCGGGCGUUCAGUAGGUUUUCAUCGUUUCAAAAGGCAAAAGUCAUUAGAGAUAAGCGAAGUAAUAAAAGCCGUGGCUAUGGUUUUGUCAGUUUUAAAGAUCCGCAAGACUUUAUCCGUGCCAUCAAAGAGAUGAAUGGCAAAUACGUUGGCAGUAGACCUAUAAAAUUGCGUAAAUCCGAGUGGAAAGAGAGGAGCUAUGAUGUGGUCAAGAAAAAGUUGAAGAAUAAAGUGAAAAUGGGUUAUAUUUGAAUGGAUCAGACCAUCAUCGAUGACCAUCAAUGACCAUCAAUUUGAUGGUCAUUUUUGGUAGUUAAAAAAUAAUUAUACGCAACAAACACAACAAUACACACUCAAGUAGUAUAUUAUUAACAA